CGCGUCUCCCUCUAGCGGCGCCACAGCACUAUCGCGCGCGCGCAUCCACAACGCGCGCGUCACAUUACGAGUUUAUAGGAGAGAGAUUGAACUUCCAGACGUGAUUAUUACAGCAGCAGAGGAAUAAACAGCUCAAUACUGAUCAUUUACUGCUCUGGAGCAUCUGCUGCAUCACUGACCAGCGCGCGCGCCCGUGUGUGUGUGUGGAGACAGCAUCAUCAUCAUCAUCAUCAUCAUCCAGCGGAGGACAAAGACACAGAAAUGGGUCACAGCAGCGGCUGAUCACAGGGUCUGUGAGCUCCGUCUUCUGCUUCUGUGUCUCCGUGGGUCAUCAUGCUGCUCAGGACCGUCCUGCUGCUGCUGACCCUCGCCCUGCAGGCCCGCAGUGGGGCGUCAGACGGCGACAGAGAGACCUGUUACUCUCGCCAGCACCGGGACGUGAUGGUGAACGUGCGCGUGGCUCUGGAGCAGCAGGGGGCGCUGAUGGUGCCGCGCGCCACCAACUCAGAGAAGGACUGCAUCUUGAGCUGCUGCGCGGAGGAUGUUAGUGCAGGUCUGAAGUGUAACCUGGUGGUGUUCAGGCCGGUGGGGGCCGAGGGUUCGAUCUGUCAGCUGUUCCACUGCCCCACUGAGAAAGACUGUCCACUGAUGACGGCCGCUGCUGGAGUCAACACAUACAACAUCUUCAAGGGUGUAACUCAUCCAACAACUAAAGUCAGCGCAAGAACAACAGCCAGACCUGCAGCCAGCGCACACACACAAACCAGCACAACCACAACACACAGAACCACCAGCACAACCACAACCGGCACACGAGCAGCGAUGACCACCACUGCAGAACCAGCAGAACCAGCAUCAGCAUCAUCAUCAUCAUCCUCCAGCAGCUCUGAGUUCAGCACAGAACCACAGACUGAGGAGCCGCUGAUGCUCAUGACCAACACACCACCCGCAGCCUCCACCUCCACCGUCACUACACCCACCUCCACCUCCAGCAGCAGAGCGCCGAGACCACCGCCCAAACCCAGCAGAGCCAGAAAACCCAGCAAACCCUCCAGACCAGACACACAUCCAGCCAGAACCAGCAGACCCACACCAGCAGCACCACCCACAACACACACUCCACCACCCACAACACACACUCCACCAACUACAUCCACAACACACACACCAGCAACAACAACACACACUCCAACUACCACAACUACAACACACACUCCACCAACUACAUCCACAACACACACUCCACCACACACUGCUCCACCCACAAAAAAAACUCCACCAACUACAUCCACAACACACACAUCAGCAACUACAACACACACUUCAACUACAACAACUACGACUACAACAACUACAACACACACUUCACCAAGCACAACACACACUCCACCGGCCACUACUCCCCCCGGCAGCAGCAGCCCUGACGCCCCGUCCCCCUCUUCAGUUCUGCGGGUGGAUGUCGGGGGGGUGCGUGCAGGCUCUCUGCCGGCCGGGUCCGUGGCUCUGCGUCCCCCAGUGCAGCCGGCCGUGUCCCGGGUGAUGUGGAAGAACAGUCUGGUGGCCGUGGUGGUGGUCACGCUCAUCUUCCUGCUGCUCAUCUUGGCUCUGGUGGGCCGUAAAGCCAUGGAGUCCUUCGACAGACGCCACUACACCCGUCUGGAGCUCAACGACCUGCACUAUGAAGUGUGAGGAGCUCACACACACUGCGGAGACGCUCGCUGCCUCACACACACUGCUCACCUGAAGCGGCUCAAGCAGAGAAAUAAAGCAAUACACUGAACUCAGGUCCUGACGCCGCCACAGCCGAGAUCCUUCACCGGCCUCAUAUCUGCUUUCCUUUCUCAGUGUUUCACUACACGGGUCUCCACUGCACCACACACCAGCACUGAAGCUGGAAUUAAAGGACGCCUACUAUGCCCAAAUCACACACACACACACACACACACACACACACACACACACACACACACACACAUUAAAACAGCAGCAGUGUGUGCAGAUAUCCAUUCAUUACUUCUAUUUUUAUAAUCUCACUGUGAUUGACGUUCUCCCUCUGUACAUGUUAGGGGAGGGGGAAGCCCCGCCCACUAGUGCCCAUCUCAUUAGCAUGUCCAGCAGGCCUGAGUGAGAAGCAGCCGUCUGUCCAUUAGCCAUUAGAGUGUUUGAGCUGCUGAAGAUGAUGUCAGCAUAGACUGACACACACACUCACACACUGAAGCACACACACUCACACUGAAGCACACACACUCACACACUGAAGCACACACACUCACACACUGAAGCACACACACUCACACACUGAAGCACACACACUCACACUGAAGCACACACACUCACACACUGAAGCACACACACUCACACACUGAAGCACACACACACACACACUGAAGCACACACACACACACACUGAAGCACACCUCAGAUGUUGUGAUGAGGCAUAGCAGGUCUCCUUUAAGCGCUGGGUUAGAGUUGCACAGACGUCCCUGCGGUUGUGUUCCUCCAGGUGUGUUGUGUGUUGUGUGAGAUGCGUGCGCAGCGCUGUGUGAAUGUGGAUGUUUGUGGUUGUUUUGCUCUGAUGGGUGUGUUUGAUUAUGGGUCAGCGGUGGACAGCAUGCGGCACAUUCACUGAUGAUUAUUGAUCUGUUCUGAUCAUUCACUUGUGUUUCUACUCUAAUUCUGCUUGGCUGGUCUCUAAUCGGCUGUUAUUAUCUUCAUUAUUAUUAUUAUAUGUUGUUGUUGUUGUUAUGUUUUUGGUGGGCUUUGGCUUUUACACACACCUCCAGAUUAAUGUGAUUAUUUCUCCUGCUGAACAAUAAAGCAGUCUUUUCUCAAGAUUUA